AAUAACUGUAAACGGUGUUAUUGAGCAUUAGUUAGGGUAUUAGAGCAAUCUUUUCUUUAUGCCUGGUGUUUUUAGGCAAGAAACAGUCUUCUGGGUCCUGUUCUUCGACAAUGGUUUAACAAAGCCCGGAUUAGUUCUCAUACCCCGGAUUGACCUAGCUCGAUCUGAAAUGGAGUUUUUCCGGCUCUUCUAACACAUAUCUCGGAUUUACAUAUCUAGCUAAUAAAGACAGCUGACCGUUCAUGUGAGAAUUUAUAAGUCUGUGUAGACUAGCCUAAUCACAGCAUGGCUAAACAGCGGGCUGCAUAUUUCAGCGCUGCUGAAUUGCAACUUUUAAUGGAAGGAUAUGAGGAAGUUAAACAUUUAAUAAAGACCAAAGGGAAUACUAUAGCGGCUGCAAAAGUCCGUCAGGAUGCGUGGCGAAAAAUAGCUGCCAAAUUAAAUGCAUCCAACCCUAUGGGACCUAGAAGAACGUGGCAACAAGUGAAGACGAAAUACAAAAAUAUCGUUCAAAGUGCUAACAAGAGAAGGGCUGCACUGAAGAAGAUGGGACUAGUCCCAACAAAAGAGGAGUACAUAGAUGAAGAGGAGCUGCCCCCUGAGAACAAUGAGGAGGGUCCUAUCAUAGCGAGCAUAGUUGGUGGCUGCUCCUCUGAUCCAGGAGAUACAGCUGGCUGCAGCAGUUAUGUCAAAGUGACUGAACAUGGACUGGCCCUACUUCAGCCACCUGUGUUAUCAGACGAAGAGCUGGACUCUGAACCUGUGGAAGAUGUUAAGACACUAUACAAGAAGUAUCUCAAAAUAGAGAUCUCAAACAGAAAGCAAGAAAUGGCAUACAGAGCUUUAAAAAUGCGCAAAGUGGAGAAAGAAAUUCAGCUACUUGACAGGAAAUUGGAUGUAAGUGUGAUAUUUGAUAAUGGAUUGUCAGAAUAAAGGAUAAAUGUACCU